AUGAAAUUAUUGCUACUGCUUUUUUUAGUAACUUUAAACCUUUUUCAUAUUAGUCUUGAAUAUAAUGUAGAAGAGGAAAAAUGCGACUAUAUGAAUAUAUUUAUGAAACCUUUAUUUUAUAAUUGUUAUAUUUUUAAAGACCAUGGAAAUAAAAUUCAGCAAGGUUGUUGUAAGUAUUAUAAAGCAGUAAGAAAAGGAUAUGAAAGAAAAAGUGGCAAAUUAUAUAAAUUAUUUGAAGAAGAAUAUAAUAAAAAGUAUGGAAAUAUAAAAAAUGAUUUAUAUUCAAUAAAUGAUAUAAUAAAAAAUUCCAUUAGUGAAAAAGAUAUGGAUGAAAUAAAAUAUUUAUUUCCUGUGAUUGGUGAGAAAUUAUUAAAUUUGAAUGGAAAAGAUGGAGGUGUAAAUAUAAAAAGAUCAAUAACAGAUAUAGAUGAUUUAUUAGUUGAAUUUAAUAAUAAACAUUUUAAUUUGAAAGAUAUACAAGUGAAAAUAUUAAAUGGAAGUACAAAAAAUUAUGAUCCUUAUUUUAAUUAUAUAAAAGCAGAUCAAAAUUUUAUAAAAAAAAAAGAAGAAAUAUUACAGAAUAGUCCAUUUUAUAGUAAAACAUGUUUUAAAUCCUUAGGUGGAAAAAAUUGUAACAAUGGAAAUAAUAACAAUCAUUAUAAUAAUGAUAAUAAUUUUGAAGAUGAUGAUAAUGAUGAUGAAGAUUUAAAUUAUGAAUUAUAUGAACAAUAUAAAGAUGAUGAUAAUAUUAAUUCUUCAAUUAAUCAUAUGAAUAAUAAAACAAAUACAAAUGGUAAUAAUAAUGAUAAUACAAUUAAUAAUAUACAAAAUAAUAGUACAAAUAAUAAUAAUAAUAAUAAUACUUAUAAUAAUAAUGUUACAUAUAAUCAUCCUCAAUAUAUAGAACAUGAAGAAGAUAAUAUGAACAAUAAAUCAUCUUAUUAUAGCUUUACACAAAAUUUUUCUAUAGUUAAUUUAUUCUCACAAAAUCCUAGAAAAAUUAUGCAAAAAUAUCUUGAAUUUAAACAACAUUUAUCUUCUCCAUCUAAAGAAAAAAUGCACGGAUUUCUUGAUAGAGAAUAUUAUAAUACCACACAAAAAUUGAACGAAGUAUUAGAAGAUGAUUUAAAAAAAACAGGAGAAAUUAUUGAUCAAAAAGAAAAAAAAGGUUUUGUUUCUUCAUUUUUUGAUGAUUUAAUGUCUCUAAUAUAUUUUCCAAAAAAAAAUGUAGAGUUAUAA